AUGCCUUACCUCAUCACCGGUAUCCCAAAGGAUCCUAAGCACCCUCUUCCUAUCCGCAAAGAUAUUGAUGACUGGUAUCUCGAGCAGACCAGGCCGGGAAGUAACCGCAUCCAGCUCACUCUAUUCGUGGAAGCCUUGACCGUGGUACAAAACCGCCCCUUGCAGGACCAGCUGUCAUACUUCCGUCUGGCUGGUAUCCACGGAGCUCCCUGGACAGAGUGGGACGGGGUGCCUGGUGGUCAAAAGGACUCCAAAGGAAAUCCGACGGGAUUCUGCGUGCAUAACAAUUACACCUUUCCCACAUGGCAUCGGGUAUAUGUGGCCUUGUACGAGCAAGUGAUUUAUGAAGCCAUGCUUGACUUCAUCAAGCAAAAUGUGCCACAUAACGGGAAAGCUGACUGGGAGAAUGAAGCCAAGCAAUGGCGUCUCCCUUACUGGGACUUUGCCCGGUUCGCCCGGCAUGGACAUGAAAAUACCCAAGGCGAUGAACUUCGAUUGCCCAUUCUGGUCACGAUGCCCAUGGUCAAAGUCGCCGUGCCAGAGGAUCCAGACAAGCAGCUAAUCAAGCCCAAUCCCCUUUACAGGUUUCAGAUGCAAACCCUCAUGGGCACCUUGGAACAUCCAUACGCGAUCACGAGCCAAUCAACCGACGAACACGGCAGGUCUUUCACUCUUCCGUUCGACAAAUGCCAGUCCACCACCAAGUAUGGUCUUCUGGAAAACUACAACGCCGACGUGUGGGCGGACGGUGGCCAGAACUGGCUGCGCGCUAACCUGGCAUUGAACGAGCAUCCCUGGUACCAGAACCUGGAUGGCUGGGACUCGGUACCGACCUUACAGGAGAUGACCUUCCGUCUGCUGAGAAGUAUAGGUCAUAACUGGGGGCAAUUCUCCAGCACCCGGUACGAUGACAGCCCUAAGGGAGACCAAGAACCCUUUCAGAACUGGAUGAACCUGGAAGCUAUUCACAACAACGUCCAUAACUGGGUUGGGGGAUUCAUGUUCAGCCGUCCAGGACGACACGACUUGAAGCUCUGGGGUGCUGGCCAUAUGAGCAGUGUUCCAGUGGCUGCGUUCGAUCCAAUUUUCUGGCUGCACCAUUGCAAUAUCGAUAGGCUCACUGCGAUCUGGCAGUCCUUAAACCCUGACAGCUGGUUCGAUGACGAUAAGAGCAAAGUAUCGAAAGAUGACGACCUACGUCCCUUCCACAGGUUUUGUGAAAAGAAGAGAGAGGUCGUGUUCUUCAGGUCUGACGAUGUGAAGGACUGGCGACACUUAAACUAUGAUUACGCUAUCACUAAAGAUCCAAGCAGAGUCGCGAAGGAGGUUUUCGAACUGUACGGGCAACGAACAAGCGAGGUGUACAAGGAGUUUGGCAAUGAAGACUAUAUUCUAAGCAUCCGGUACAAUCGGUAUGCAUUGGGGGGCAAGCCGUUCCAGAUCAACAUCUUCUUCGGUGACAUGGAUGGCAAGGACUUCUACGACGCCAGGUCACGGAAUUUUGUGGGCAGUGUCUUCAACUUCAGCGGCAGCCUUGAGGACAGUAACUGUGACAAGUGUGCUCAGCAAGAGCAAGAGGGUGUUUUGUCUGUGGCCCAGCUUCCAGCCAGAUUAGCAGUCCACUACUACAAAAAGCAGAACAAAGACGAGAUUCCAACACCGCGUUACGUCGUGGUGAAUAGUCAGGGCAAGGUUGAGACGAAGGUAGGAGUGCAAGUUGCCCUUCAUAAGACUGAGACUCACUACGGCCUCAUUGGGCGCGAUGGCUACCACAGGGUGGCCAAUGGAGAGCCUGCCGAGGUGGACGAUGAUUAUCGCGCCUGA